AUAGUGUUAAAAAUUUGCUGGGACAUACAAAAGCUGAUGCGGGUACCUUCUAAUUCUAAGCAACGAUUAGUGAUAACCAGCAAGAGAGUGACCGAAAAUAAAGGGACGCUCAGUGACGGACUUUGUGGACUAAGUUUCGGAGUAGCGUUCAGUAGCCAAGUUCAUAUCGUAAGCUCGUUUGAAGUAAUUUAGUGUAUCAUCUUGAUGGAACAUAGUGGACAAGAUCUAGAAAUGGAAGACAGUAACAUCGAAGUGCUAUUCUGGAACAUAGGAUUAGGAAGAAAAUGAAGAUUUUUAUGAACGUAUAAUGGAACAACUCGAUUAUCAAAUUAAACUAAUGUUGUAAUAUUGUGUUAAUGGUUAAAUGUUAUAACAAUUAAUGUGCUAAACAUCAAGGUCAUAUAUCAACAAUGUGUUAAAUAUAUCUUCUUAAUUAACGGUCAACGAGAAGAUAAGUUAGUUUAUAAGUGUAAUUAAAUAAAUAAGUGCUUUCUAAGAUUGACAGCUCAACGGCAGCGCGUUGACAGUGACGAGUCCUGUUGUUUUCCGACGGAACGUGUCCGUCUUCCACAGUGAUCUCAUCUGCACAAGAUGUGGACUACUGUUGCACUUGCAAUAACGGUGAUUUUUAUUAUUUUCUACAAAGCGGCUUUACGACCACCAUGUUAUCCUCCAGGUCCAUUUGCCUUGCCACUUGUGGGAAGCAUUCUCUCCAUCUUGCCAUCACCAAAGGAAUCCUUCAACAGAUUUCAGAAGAAAUAUGGACCUAUAUGUAGCUACAAGGUCUUUGAUAACUGGUCCAUCAUCGUGAAUGAUCCAGCUCUGAUGAAGCCACUUCUUGCAGAUCCAGUAUUUUCUGGACGCAAACACCUCUAUCUGUUUUCACUGCGAGAUGAAGUUAUCAGCGGGAAAAAGAUGCCUUUGGGUAUAUUAGGAACCAGUGGAGAUGUGUGGAAAAACCAGCGGCGUUUCACACUAAGGACCCUCAAGGACCUAGGCUUUGGCAGAAACAGUAUUGAGCCAAUUAUGCAGAAGGAGCUGGAGGACUUGAUCAACACCUUUUCCCAAACUGAAGGUCAAAAAAUCGACGUUGGGUUGACAUUCAACAGCAGUAUCAUCAACGUGAUUUGGGCUAUGGUUAUCGGGAAGCGCUUUUCUCACGACGAUGUCCGUCUGCAUGAACUUGUUGAUAAAGUCAACAAGAUGCUGCAGUCCUUUAACCCUUUCCACCCAGCUUACAGAUACCCAAUUAUUAAGAAGUUCUUCCCAAACUUAGAUGUUUACAAGAGUCAAGAUACUUACAUGAGACAACUUCUGAAGUUUAUUGAGGAUGAAACUGCUCAAUAUGAAAAGGAAUUGUCAGCUAAUGAAAGCUCCUUUAGUUAUGUUAGUGAAUAUCUUAAGGAAAUGAAAGAAGCAGAAACUGAAGGGAAAGAGACACCACUAAAUAUGCAUCAUCUAAAGGCCAACAUCUUUGAGUUGUUUCUGGCUGGAAGUGAAACAACUGCGUCUACCUUAUGGUGGGCGGUGUAUCUUUUGGCAUCCAACCCAGAUGUCCAAAAUACUAUACAGAAGGAAUUGGAUGAAGUUCUUGGGGAGGAUAAAUUACCUACAUUAACUCACAUGGACAGUUUGCCUUAUACAACGGCUGCCAUAUACGAAGUGCAGCGCGUUGCAGACCUCGUCCCAUUUGCAGUUCCCCACGAGACGACCGAGGCUGCCUCCGUGUCUGGCUACCAUAUCCCAAAAGGUACAACAGUUAUGUUCAAUUUGUCGCACGGUUUAAAGGAUCCAAAAUACUGGAAGUAUCCUGACCGUUUCUACCCUGAGCAUUUUCUCACGGAGGAGGGAAAGCCUUACAAGCCGGAGAAUUUCAUGCCUUUCGGAUCAGGAAAGCGUGUUUGCCUGGGAGAAUCUCUAGCUCGACUGGAACUGUUCCUGUUCUUCACAACUCUUGUUCAUCGGUUCUCCUGGAAGUUGGCAGACGAUCCAGUAAUAUGGGAGAAAAGUUUUGUACUCUCCCGUCCUCCCAGAUUCAUGGUUGAAAUUAGUAAUAGAAACUCAAGUGCAGUGUUUUAGACUUUAUAAUGAUAUAAAUAAUUCAUUGAAAAUCAUUGCAUGCAACACAUGUGAACACCCUUAACCCAUUGAUGCUGGAAUUAUAUUACUGUUCAUACCUGUCUCACCUAUUUACCCCCUUCCUUUAUUCAGAAAGUAUCUGUUUUAUUUGAUAUUGCUAUUAGUAUUGUUUAGAACAUUAAAAUGAUCAUAAUAAUCUAACAGUGAUAAUAA